GGGAAAUACUUAGUACUAGCGACUGUGAAUAUAUAUUGACCCUUUUCCCCAGCCGAAUUCAGGUACCAUCAGACCUUCCAAGAUCACAUCUCAUUCGAGUUUCUAUUCAGAUACUAGCCAAGCAACCAUCCACCAUGAUGAAGUCCAUCCUCUCUCUCGCACUCUACACAGCUACCGCCCUAGCUCAGGGCAUCUACAUCAACUCCCCUGCCGCCGGCGCGGAGCUCCAAGCCGGAGAAACAGUAACAGUGCAGCUUGUCCGUCCGGUCUUCAGCGAAAAUGUCGCCGAAAUCGGCAUCGCCAUCGGCAUCGAAUCCUGCUCUGGUUCCUCAGGGUGCCCCAACCCGGACUCGGAGAUCGGAAACCUCCUCUACAGCGGUCCCUAUGACCCGCAGUCCAACGGACCUCCUGACCCGUAUGAGAACUUCACUAUCACGGUGCCGGAUGUGACGGGGCCUGCGCAGAUCGGUGUUGUCAGGCCGUUUUUGGUUGGGCUAUCGUAUGAGUUUGUGGUGGGGACUGCAGUGUCGAAUGUUACGAUUGUUUGAGGGGUGGAGUAGUGGGAUGGGUAUGUGGUAGGGUGGAGGUACAUGGGAUGGAAGGAGAUAGAGCAGAAAUAAUAGUGGUGUCUUUUUAUAAAACGUUGCAAUAUUGCUACGCGUACAGGAAAGAAGGAGAGCACAUAUGCUCAUCCAGUGCGAUAUAUAGAAUUGCCUUACCUACAUAAUAUUGAUUUGUUUAGGCCUGUACACGAUGCUCAGUGUGAGUGGAGUUUUUGCGACAGUUGGACUACCUGACGAGAUGGGUUUUAUGAAGAUCGAC